CCCUGGACAGUCACUCGGUGCUCUGGCCCCCUCGGUGGCCCGGUCCAGGCCGGGCACUCGGUGCUCCAACCCCCUCGGUGGCCCAGUCCCCGCUGGUCUCUCAGUGUUCCGGCCCCCUCGGUGCUCCGGUCCCCACCGGUCACUCGGUGCUCCGGCCCCGCCUGUCACUCGGUGCUCCGGCUCUGGCUCCCUUGCUGACCCGAUCCCCACUGGUCACGGUGCUCCGGCCCCCUCAGUCGCCCGGUCCCUGUCGGUCACUCGGUGCUCCGGCUCCCUCAGUGGCCCAGCCCCACCGGUCACUCGGUGUUGUGGCUCCGGCCCCGCCGGUCACUUGGUGCUCCGGUCCCCGCCCGUCACUCGGUGAUCCGGCCCCCUCGGUGGCCCGGUCCCUGCCGGUCACUCGGUGCCCCGGUCCCCUCGGUGCUCUGGACCCGCUGGUCACUCGGUGCCCCGAUCCCGGAUGGUCAUUCGGUGCUCCUGCUCCGGCCCCCUCGGUGCUCCGGUCCCCGUCGGUCACUUGGUGCUCCGGCCCCCUCAGUGACCCGGUCCCCACCGGUCACGAUGCUCCAGCCCCCUCGGUGGCCCGGUCCCAGCCGGUCACUCGGUGCUCCAGCCCCCUCGGUGGCCCGGUCCCCGCUGGUCUCUCGGUGUUCCGGCCCCCUCGGUGCUCCGGUCCCCACCGGUCACUCGGUGCUCCGGCCCCGCCUGUCACUCGGUGCUCCGGCCCCGCCUGUCACUCGGUGCUCCGGCCCCGCCUGUCACUCGGUGCUCCGGCCCCGCCUGUCACUCGGUGCUCCGACUCUGGCUCCCUUGGUGACCCGAUCCCCACUGGUCACGGUGCUCCAGCCCCCUCGGUGGCCCGGUCCCUGUCGGUCACUCGGUGCUCCGGCUCCCUCAGUGGCCCAGCCCCGCCGGUCACUCGGUGUUGUGGCUCCGGCCCCACCGGUCACUCGGUGCUCCGGCCCCCUCGGUGGCCCGGUCCCUGCCGGUCACUCGGUGCCCCGGUCCCCUCGGUGCUCUGGACCCGCUGGUCACUCGGUGCCCCGAUCCCGGAUGGUCAUUCGGUGCUCCUGCUCCGGCCCCCUCGGUGCUCCGGUCCCCGUCGGUCACUUGGUGCUCCGGCCCCCUCAGUGACCCGGUCCCCACCGGUCACGAUGCUCCAGCCCCCUCGGUGGCCCGGUCCCAGCCGGUCACUCAGUGCCCAGGUCCCCUCGGUAGCCUGGUCCCCGCCGGUCACUCGGUGCCCCGGUCCCCGCCGGUCACUCGGUGCUGCGGCUCCAGCCCGGCCCCGCCGGUCUCUCGGUGCUCCGGCCCCCUUGGUGGCCCAGUCCCGGCCGGUCACUCGGCGCUGCGGCUCCGGCUCCGGCCCUCUCGGUGGCCCGGUCCCCACUGGUCACUCGGUGACCCGGUCCCCACCGGUCACGAUGCUCCAGCCCCCUCGGUGGCCCGGUCCCAGCCGGUCACUCAGUGCCCAGGUCCCCUCGGUAGCCUGGUCCCCGCCGGUCACUCGGUGCCCCGGUCCCCGCCGGUCACUCGGUGCUGCGGCUCCAGCCCGGCCCCGCCGGUCUCUCGGUGCUCCGGCCCCCUUGGUGGCCCAGUCCCGGCCGGUCACUCGGCGCUGCGGCUCCGGCUCCGGCCCUCUCGGUGGCCCGGUCCCCACUGGUCACUCGGUGACCCGGUCCCCGCCGGUCACUCGGUGCUCCGACUCCGGCCCCCUCGGUGGCCCGGUCCCCGCCGGUCACUCGGUGCUCCGGCUCCGGCCCCCUCGGUGGCCCGGUCCCCGCCGGUCACUCGGUGGCCCGGCCCCGCCGGUCACUCGGUGCUCCGACUCCGGCCCCCUCGGUGGCCCGGUCCCCGCUGGUCACUCGGUGGCCCGGCCCCGCCGGUCACUCGGUGCUCCGACUCCGGCCCCCUCGGUGGCCCGGUCCCCGCCGGUCACUCGGUGCUCCGACUCCGGCCCCCUCGGUGGCCCGGUCCCCGCCGGUCACUCGGUGCUCCGGCUCCCUCGGUGGCCCGGUCCCCGCCGGUCACUCGGUGCUCCGGCUCCCUCGGUGGCCCGGUCCCCGCCGGUCACUCGGUGGCCCGGCCCCGCCGGUCACUCGGUGCUCCGACUCCGGCCCCCUCGGUGGCCCGGUCCCCGCUGGUCACUCGGUGGCCCGGCCCCGCCGGUCACUCGGUGCUCCGACUCCGGUCCCCGCCGGUCACUCGGUGCUCCGGCUCCGGCCCCCUCGGUGGCCCGGUCCCCGCCGGUCACUCGGUGCUCCGGCUCCCUCGGUGGCCCGGUCCCCGCCGGUCACUCGGUGCUCCGGCUCCGGCCCCCUCAGUGGCCCGGUCCCCGCCGGUCACUCGGUGCUCCGGCCGUUGCCGGCGCGGUGCGGCGCGGGCCCGCUCUGGGCGGGAGGCGGGAGGCGGCCCGUGCUGCGCGCGCCGCCCCGCGCGGGAGACCCCGUGCUGCCAGUCGGGGAGGCGGCAAGAUGGCGGCUGUAGGCUGA